GAUUGCCUGUAAAAGGAAAGUGAUGUGGCGAACUCAACGUCCUCGCAAGCAUAUUGAGUCCUUUUCCACCUGCUUCCAGGCCGUCGAUUCUGAAACGUGGUUGACGACGCUGUCGCGUCCGAUCCAGCUGCCAUCCAUCUUUGUUAGCCAAGGCACGCCUGACCAUGCCCAUGCCCCCGGUCCGCGUUCGCCCACGAAUGGUGGACUGUCUGCCAUCGCUGACCCAUCCUAGGUGACCCUGACCCUAAACCGCGUGCGAAAAGUCGACCGCGCUCGCCGACCUGGACGUGGCCAAUUUUCUCACCUUUCUCCAGUGACGCUUCUCUCGCUCGCCUUGCGACGUCUCGGCGUGGGGAAUAGUAGCACCAUGACCGUCUCAAGGUCCUCAUGUUGUCGGCGUGCAUGGGUCGCCCUGUGCCUCCUUGUAGCGUCGUAUGUCGGAUCUGCUGUCGCGCAGACCAUCUCAUGCUCCAGCGCUUCUCAGUGCCCAUCGAGCGCGCCAUGCUGCAGCUCAGGUGGCCAAUGUGGAAACGGAGCACAGUUCUGCAGCGGAGGCUGCAAUCCUCUGUCCUCGCACUCUCCCACCUCGUGCAACCCUGCGCCCGUGUGCCAGACACAGAAUAUCACGCUCCGGCCGGCGGACUUUAACAAUUCGAAUAUCUUUAUGCCAAUUCUAUCGUACAAUGGCACCGCGUCCACACCAUUCACGCUUGAAUAUGGCAGCCUCGGCGCCGGCUCGGAAGGUGUCAUCCUCCAACUGACCAACAGAACGCAAGGUAUGCUGUCCACUACCCAAUACAUGCUCUACGGCGAUGUCGAAGCCACCAUUCGCCACAAUGCGCAGGCAGGUAUCGUCGCAGCUUUCAUCUUUAUGAGCGAUGUCAAAGACGAGAUCGAUUGGGAAUUCACGACCGCCAACGAGCAGGACACACAGACGAACACGUAUGCGCUCGGAGAUUACAACACAAAGCAGCCGCAGACGCUCAACCAGAGUGGCACCUUCUCGGUGGGCGAUUGGCACACGUACGGCGUCAACUGGCAGCCUGACUACAUCCAGUGGAAGAUUGACGGAAAUGUCGUGCGUACCUUGUACGCCAAUUCGACCCACGGGAACUUCCCGCAGACGCCUUCACGCCUGCAAUUGUCGAUCUGGGCCGGCGGAAGCUCGCAGAACGACAAAGGCACGAUCGCAUGGAGCGGUGGUGCGAUCGACUGGGGUACGCAGGAGUAUCAGCAGAAUGGCUACUAUUCGCACGAAAUCAAGAAUUUCUACAUGGGCUGCGCUCCGCAGAACACAGGGAAUAUUGCCACAACGGGAAGCGGACAAGGCGUGACGAGCUAUGUCUACACUGGGCAGAACAUCACAGGCACGAACCGCCCGGAGUUUCAAAUGUCCACCAACCCCAUAUCUGCCAUCUCCAACCCGAGUGCUGGUGGCGUGGCGGGCGUUCCCGGCUACGCCGGGACAGAGACCCCAAAGGUCACGAAUGGCAACAGUUGGGAUGGAAGCGGAAAGUCGAUGGCAGACACUGUUCGCGCCGCCAGUGGUGCCACGACGAGCAAGCAAGCCGUGGAUGAUGGCUCAGGCAGUAAUGCAGACGAUAGCUCGCCGCUAAACCCGCACGACGCGCUCAAGUACGGCGUCCCCAUCGUCGCGUCCGUGAUUGGCGCCAUCGUCAUCUGGGGCAUCGCGCUGGCCUUCUGGCGUCGCUCGCGCAACAAGAGGAUCGCAGCGCAGUCCCAAAGCGGCAUCUCUGGUGGCAUGCUCGGUCCGGCGGGGGCUUCCUACUCCAGCAUUGGCGCUCUGGGCACCUCGGCUGGGAAGUACUCCGCCUUGCCGCGGCAGGACAUGGACGAUGAUGUUGUGCCGCUGGGCGCUGAGCGUAAGGGGUUCGGCUAUGGGCCUGCUGCCGGGCCGUCGCCUGCGCCUGGUAUGAGGAACGUCGGGCGAGGUGUCCCGAUUGCAGGCGUAGACGUUGCCGCAGGAGGUUCGUCGGGUUUCAAGUUCGUUAACAACGCCAUGUCGCCGCGGCAGUCGACCGAGUCGUACGCGCUGGGUUCGUUCGCCAGCACACCAAGGGCAAGUCACUCCGUGCCGUCUCAAUACCAGAUGCGUGGGCCUCCCGCCGCGUCAUCUCCGAACAGGGCAGGAGGGCCACUGCCGCCGCAGCAGAUGAUGAUGCAACAUCAAGCAUACGCGCCCUACUCACCAAGCCACACGCCGCACUCGGCCCGUGCGCAUUCACACUACUCCUCGCACUCUCACCAGUCGUCGCUGUCGGGAGGUUACAUCGUUCACUAUGGGAAUCAGCACUCGUAUUCGGAGCCGCGGUACCACGGGUACUGAGCCGGCUCCAUCUACACUUCCAUCCAUAAUCGCCCUUCGGCACAUCUGACAUGUAUGGAUUUUGGACUUCUGGGGCGCUCGUUAGGGGAUUCUCUUGCACAUCAUUUCGUUCGGAUAUUCUUCGUGUAACACAGAUAAGAAUUGCAGUAUCUCCACACAGAAG